GUCUCGUAUGUGUCAGGUGAGCAUCCUCAUCCAUUUUCUUCCUCUUAGCACGUCGUCGUCCGUUAUUUUCUUCUUCCUGCGCAAUGUGACGUCAUCCCUUUGAUCGAAAUGAACGCGAAGGCUUUUCUGGGCAAAUGUGUGCCGCUCAUCUUUAUCGCUUUGGCGCUGGACUUGGUCGGCCUGAUUCUACUGCUGGUCGGCGUGUUCGCGGACGUGCGCGCCAGCGACGGACAGUUCUACGGCGACUUCUUGAUCUUCACGGGUGCGCUAGCCAUUUUCACCAGCCUGGGCUUUUGGGUCUUCUGGUACGCGGGCAACGUGCGCAAUGCGCCGGGCGUGGAGCUCGACGGCCGCGCGGACGGGUUGGCGGCGCGCAUCGUUCGCAAACUCUCCGAAAGACUCAGUCGGAAGAUGGCGGUGACGAAAGUUGCGGAUGACGUGCGCCCACGCGACGAGUUUGCGGGGGACUCCAGGCCUCACCGGGCCGGCAGGGUCACGUGGGGAAAGGCCACAGCUUAUGACUACUACAAUCGAGACGAAAACGACAACAAAAGCUAUGAUAAGAAAGGAUAUGACAACGAGAAGGGAUUCGAUAAUUAUGGCUACUGCAACGAUGAUGUCAAGUCCAACAACCAAGAAGAAUGCAAGCAUGCAAACUGCAAAGAGGAGGGACGUAACAAUUAUGAAGUUGUGCACUUCUAGGAUAAAAAGGAGAUAAAUAAGUCUGAUGUUAACCUUCAAAAAGUCCGAGUGCUCAACCAAAAUGAAGGAAACUAAGUCUACAGCAAUGAAUAAACGCAAUCAACAAUGAAGGAUACAUUCACAGACAUUAACUCAUUCACUCCCAGCCAUUUUCACCGGUGCAACCCCCUUCGCUCCCGGCCGUUUUACUGGAUUUUGACUGAUUUUGCAAAGCCCACAGAAAACUCUGUUCUGUUGCUAUAUAAACAUGGAACCCACCAAAGGAAAGAUUAGACUCUCUUCUUUCAGCAGGAAAAAAAACCGCUCAACCUGUUUUGCUUUGUUGACUGUACAAACACUAGGAUCCUGGCACACUUUACUGCACAUGUGACGUGAUUGACAGCGGACUGGACGUCAACUAGGGUGACAGACAAACUUUUUUUUUCGGGGCGGGGGAUAACACACAAACUUCCUCCUCAAAGUGAUGACGCACAGUGUAUGUUAUGGACUAAAGCCAAUGUACGGCAACUUGAUUUACGAGUUUUUCUUUGUCAAUUAACCCCUUAGCUACCAUUGACGGUGAUAAACGUCCAAUCCAUUCCAAAACAAUGUAUGAAGCUGAUAUUUAAAAAAUAAAUACUUGAAAUGUAAUAAUAUUUGAGCAUUUUCUUGAAAAAAAA